UCUCUGGGUGGCCACGCAAAUGUGCGACUAUAGUAAAGGCGUACACCAACCAUAGGCUUCUCCCCUCUUCUCGCAUCGACUCCGGACCCGGCCGGGUUGCCCUCCUUCGCAUUCCCAGCUCCUCACCUGCUCGGCUGACACCGCCCCCUUCCCCGCGCCGCUCCCGCUGCUCUUGCCGGCGCGACUGCUGCUCUCCGCCAUCUUCACCGCCUGCUGAGCUUCCGGCCUGCGCAGCUCGGCCCCCGCCUUGCGUCACGUCCGGUCUCGGAGUUACCGCCCACUCGCCCCCGGCGCCAGGCUCCUCUUCUUCCAGGCCCCUGUUCGGUUCGGAUCCUGUUAAUGGUUUUGGCCGUGCCUUCAUGUAGGACCUGCUACCUAGCCCGCCCGCCGCGGCUGGGCUUCAUCAUCAGGCCUCCUCACCAGCUCCUGUCCCUUCUUUUGGGUCCUCGGCUCCGGAUACUUCGACUCUCAAUACUUUGUGCUCAGCCCAGACCCAGAUCCAUGGCUAUUUCCUCUUCCUCCUGGGACUUGCCCCUCGUGGCUGUGUGCCAGGUAACAUCCACACCGGACAAGCAGCAGAACUUUAAAACAUGUGCUGAGCUGGUUCGAGAGGCUGCCAGACUGGGCGCUUGCCUGGCUUUCCUGCCUGAGGCAUUUGACUUCAUUGGAAGGGACCCUGAAGAGACGCUACGCCUGUCUGAGCCACUGGGUGGGAAACUUUUGGGAGAAUAUACCCAGCUUGCCAGGGAAUGUGGACUCUGGCUGUCCUUGGGUGGUUUCCAUGAGCGUGGCCAAGACUGGGAGCAGACUCAGAAAAUCUACAAUUGUCAUGUGAUUCUGAACAACACGGGGUCAGUAGUGGCCACUUACAGGAAGACGCAUCUGUGUGAUGUUGAGAUUCCAGGGCAGGGGCCUAUGUGUGAAAGCAACUCUACCAUACCUGGGCCCAGUCUUGAGCCUCCGGUCAGCACACCAGCAGGCAAGAUUGGUCUAGCUAUCUGCUAUGACAUGCGGUUCCCUGAACUCUCUCUGGCAUUGGUUCAGGCUGGAGCAGAAAUACUUACCUACCCUUCAGCUUUUGGAUCUGUUACAGGCCCAGCCCACUGGGAGGUGUUGCUGCGGGCCCGAGCCAUUGAAACUCAGUGCUAUGUAGUGGCGGCAGCACAGUGUGGACGCCACCAUGAGAAGAGAGCAAGUUAUGGCCAUAGCAUGGUGGUAGAUCCCUGGGGAACGGUGGUGGCCCGCUGCUCUGAAGGACCAGGCCUCUGCCUUGCCCGAAUUGACCUCAAUUAUCUGCGACAGUUGCGCCAACACCUGCCUGUGUUCCAGCACCGCAGGCCUGAUCUCUAUGGCAGUCUGGGUCACCCACUGUCUUAAGACUUCUGACUUCUGUCAGUUGAGACCCCUAUUGUGAGCUGGUGUUGCUGUGACUUGUAGGCAGGACCCAGGCGCAGCUCCCCUCACUUGGAGAACCUUGUCUCUUGAUGAAACACAGGCUCAGCUCCUUGGGAAAGAAGAAACUUUCACCUAAGCUCAGAUUUCAGUUUCAGAAAGGUAGAAUUUUAUAUAGUCACUGUUUAUUUCAUGAAAACUGAAGUUACGCUGAGGGCUGAGCAGCACUGGCAUUGAAAAAAAUAUAAUAAUCACAAAGUCU